CUUAAAAAGCCGUCUUUCUUCGUUCCCUGCGUCCAUCAUCUUGAACAAUCGCGCCCUGCCACCUUCCACUCUGAGAGAGAGAGAGGAAAGAGAGAUUUGAGAGAGAUGGGGAGAGGGUUCAAGCUUCGAAUCUCAAGGGUGAUCCCAUCCUUCCACUCCUGUCGCUCGAAGGACGCAUUGCCGUUGGCCGGAGGCCCUGUCUCCGUCAAGAAACUCGGCCUCUCACCCAUCAACCAGAAAGCUCGGGACAUCGACUUCCCUGCCUUCGCCAAGACCCACCUUUCUCCGCCACCUCUCAAUCCUCCAGCCACUCCCCAAGUCGUUCCCGGAGUUCCGGCUACGAAUAGCACGAGGCCCGGCCUCGAAUUCGUCAACCGCCUCUGCCAGCUUCUGGUCCGGGAGGAGGAGGAGCACGACGUUGGCGGUGGCUUCCGGUGGGUGGAGGAGGAGAAGUGGCACGUCUUCUCGCGGGUCGCCAGUCAGACCGCCCGCCGGAAGAUCUCUAUUUCAUGUAAAUUGGCCGACGGCGGACCCCCGGGGAGCUCCUCCCUUCCGGCUAAAAGGCCCCCCAGGAACCUGCAGCUCAGAGGUAGGCGGAAGUCCGCACGGUCGAGGAGGCAGAGGGAGCUUAACAACUUGUCGAGCGACUCCGGGUGGUUCAGCAGCGAGGAGGACGAGACGGAGACGCUCUUCUCUUCCAGAAGCCUGUCGUCCGACUCGCCGGAGUUUUUCCAGGACCACGUAACCGAGAGGGUUGAGGUGUGUCCGGCCACCUGGAGGAAGAAGCAGGCGUGGGGAGUUCGCCGGAAGCUCUUGCCGUGCAGGGUCGAGGGGAAGGUCGGCGAGAGCUUCCCGGUGGUGAAGCGGUCGACGGACCCGUACAAAGACUUCAAGAUGUCGAUGAUAGAGAUGAUCACGGAGAAGCAGAUGUGCGACGCCGCCGAUUUGGAGCAGCUCCUGUAUUGCUUCCUCUCGCUCAACGCUCCCCAACACCACGGCGUCAUCGUCCGGGUCUUCUCCGACAUCUGGAACGCCCUCCUCGGCGAUCCCCCUGCCGAUGCCGUAAGCCGCUAGCGGUUUUCUUCACUGUAAUUUACGAAAUUAUACAUAAGUGUUGUACGUAGUGUGUACAAUCUUGUUGAUGUGAUGUUCAUGCUCCCUCUGCCAGCGUUUGAAAAGAGAAAUCCAAUGAGGUCAAUUAGCUAGGAACCAAACAAAUUCUCUUGCUUUUACUUAAAUUGAAUCAAUUUUGAUC